GGCAGGGGCGGGAGCGGCAGCGGAUGCAGAGGGGCAACGUGCGGGCCCUGGCAGCCCCGCAGCCCUGGAGCAGUCUCGCCAGCAGCAGCAGCAGCAGCAGCAGCCGGCCCCAGCUGUGAGGCAACCCCAGCAGGAGGUGGGGUUGACGUCUGCCGCGCAUACCUCCGCGCAGCCACACCACCCCCACCGGGGUCUCUCGCCGGCAGCGGCGGCAGCCUCCCCUGGCGCCGGCCUUGCAUGGCAGCAGAAGGCGCAGCUGCCACACGAGCAGCAGCAGCAACAGCAGCUCCCGCCGCGGCUGCAACACCACCGCGGCCUGGUAGAAGGGGAGGUGCUGGACAGUAGUGCUGCUGGUGCUGGUGCUGGUGCUGGAACCUCUCACGGGGUGGCCUACCGGGUUAUCUCCUCCGCGGCUCCCGGCGGCAGCGGCGUCAUGGCGGACAGCACCGAUGCCGGGGCGGGUGCAGCUCCCCCUGUCACCCCCAUGAUGAUGCAGCAGCAGCAAUCCUCCUCCCAAGAGGUGGUGCCGGCCAGACCGGAUGGCGGCCCGGGCCCCCACGUGUUGUCGUACGUUCCCAUCACCACCGCUCCCCAUGACGUCAAGUGCCUCGGCGAGUACGGCAGUACGACCUCGGGCACCCCGCCGGUGCUAGCGGCCGCCACCGCUCUCAUCGCAACACCGCCCCCGCCACCACGUUCCCCGCACUUCCUUGCCACCCCCCUGGCCGCCGCCGCCGCCGCCCCGGCGACGUCUCACCCGGUCGGCAUGACCAAGACCACCCCCGGCGCUGCCAACCCGACACCCAGCCUAGUCCCCCCCGCAGCAGCCGGCGCCUCCCAGUCCACGUCAGCCCUCCUCCCCAACGGCGUCAUCGUGGUGGGCGGCGCCAGCAACCUGCUGGGCUUCUCCGUCGCCACCAGCGGCUCGGCCACAGCAGCUGCACCCUCACCCUCUCCCUCACCCGCAGCAGCCGCACCCGCAGGUGGCAUCGCCCCCUUUGUGCCGCUCAACGCCUCCGCCGCCUCCUCUCCCCGGCCGCACCCCGACCACCACCACCACCACCAGCUGCUGCAGCACAGCCUCUCCGACCUGUACGGCGGCACCCAGAGCGGCCUGGCGCCCGGAGCCUCCGCGCUGCCGCCGCGGGUGCUGCUGGCGGGGCCCGGGGAGGCUCCCUUCGCCGCUGCUGCCGCCGCUGCUGGCGCCGGAGCAGCCCUACCCGCCCUGCUGCCGCAACCUGCCCAACCUCCUCAACCGCUACCUGUGGACCCUACCGAACAGCCGGAACGAGCAGCAGCAGCAGCAGCCCCCUCUACCUCUACUCCCCUGCCCCCUCCUCCGCAGCCCGCCCAGCCCUCCCGCACCAAGACCAUCGCCGUAGCCAGCCACUGCCCGCCCGAGCUGCAGCCUCAGCCGCCGGGCGCCUCCUGGAGCAUCGAGGACUUCGCGCUGCUGCGCAAGCUGUACGAGGGGGCGCUGUCGGUGGUGUGCCAGGCGCAGCACCGGCGCUCCGGACGGCACGUGGCACUCAAGAUCUACAAGCGCUCCAGGCUGCAUGAGAUGGAGCGAUUCCAGCUUGCCCGCGAGAUCUGCCUGCACAUCCGCAUCGUGCACCCGCACGUGGUGGGGCUGUUUGCGGCGUGGAAGGACUCCAAGUACGUCUACCUGGCGCUGGAGUGGGCGCCGCGCGGCAACGCGUUCGACUUCCUGGUGGGACGCGGCGGCCGGCUGGGCGAGGAGGAGGCGGCGCGGGUGGUGAUGCGGCCGCUGCUGGCGGCGCUGGCGUUCCUGCACUGCCAGAACUUCAUACACCGGGACAUCAAGCUAGAGAACCUGCUGCUGGACGGCGGCUGCAACCUGAAGCUGGCGGACUUCGGACUCGCCAUCGACCGCAAGUUCGAGCAGGCCAACACGCGGCUGGGGACGUUCGGCUACUUUGCGCCCGAGGUGCUGGACUGCCCCCUCAAGAAGAGCCCCUUCGACCUGAAGGACGCGGCGCUGGCGGGCUACGACUCGCGGGUGGACGUGUGGAGCGCGGGGGUGGUGGGGUACGAGGUGCUCAGCGGCAGGGCGCCCUUCAGCGCGUCUUCACCCGCGAAGAUCAUUCAGGCCAUCCGCACUCGCGAGCUGGAGUACCCGGACAUGAGCCCCGAGGCGCGCGACUUCCUCUCCCUCGCCCUCACCCGCGACCCAGCCGCGCGCCCCUCCGCCAAGCAGCUUCUCACGCACCCCUGGAUCGUACGGCACUGCGGCGGCGGCAGCAGCGGAGGCAUGGCAGCAGGCAUGGCAGCAGGCGGCGGUGCCGUGCUGGGCGGUGGUGCGUUCGGGACCGGAACCGGAGUUGCCGGUGUGGACGGCAGGGGGACUGGAGGUGGGAGGAGGAGGAGGGCGCGGGGAGCAGCAGGCGCAGCAGCAGCAGCAGCAGGAGGAGGAGGAGGAGGAGGGGCUGCGAGCGGCGGUGUGACCUGGGGGUUGCGGCGUGGGAGUUCGGACCCGGGUUGCGGGUUUGGGUGGGGGUUUGGGGAUUGAGCGUUAAAUGCGUGAUUGGGGUUGGGAUGAUUUACGCGAUGUUGGGGGUUGGGUGGGGAUUGUAGGAGUGAUUGUGUUUGUGCAUGCGCAUGGUCAGAGGAGUAGGAUGUGAAACCAGUAGGGGGGCUGCUAGCUUUCUGAUGCGCGGCGGCUUGUCUGCGGCUGGCCGCAGGGCAGCUAAGGUCUCGUACGGCGCCUUGGAAGCUGUAGAAGCGGGUACGGCUUCUUAGGGGCUGCCGUAAGAGGGUCAGGUGUAGGAAACUGCCGUCAAGCAGGUGACUUGGGGGCGGUCGGGUCUAGAGAGGGUAAGACGAGGCUAGGUGACAGAGCAAGGGUGCAAGUUAAAAGAGAGAAGAGCAAGGAUUCGGAAGCAGCCAGAGGCUACAGGAAUUGAGAGUUGCAAGGGCUCGACGUCAACUGGGGGAAGCGUGGGAGGCUGGGCAUUUGAAAACAAGGCGGAAAUGUGUGGGAAAGUCGAACUGCGGUUGUACUGGGAGGGGCAUCAGGAGCAGUGGGGAGGCGGGGAGGGCGGACGGGUCGGCGGACGCAGCGGCGCCCGCCUUUCGCGUCUGCAGUGCACUGGACUCCGACUCGAAUGGUUUCACAUCAGUGGAUUACAGUACUGGGGGUUGGCGCCGCUUGGCGGUGUUGGCAGGAAGAGCAGCAUGCAGGAGGUCAGGGUCGGGGAGGCGCAGCAUCUGGUGCACGUAGGUGUCGACCCCGGUGGCGGCGGUGGUGGUGGUAGUGCUGGUGUGGAGGGGUGGCGCGAUUAGAGGGCGUCUCGCACCGGGCUAUAGCGGUGCUGGUAGAGUUUGGUAGAGGAAGUGCGCGGUGGGUUUGGAGGUACGGUUGGUUAGCAGGGCAGCGUUGGGACGGUGCGUUGGGAAAUCAGGAUGCGCACGCAAGGGGGGUGCGGGGCUGACGUGCUGUGUCGCCGCCUGCUCCGAAUGGAGCUCUGCGUUCGCGCCUUUUCCUGGGCCUGCUCCAGUUUCUUUGUCAGGUUGUCUUGGGGCCCUUAUUCGCAGCUUACAUGGCACUUGUGGGGAAUUCGCUUUCGAAGGUUUCGCCGUGUCGGUGUCGUGUCAUGUGUAGGUGCCGCCCGGGUUGUGUUGGUCGCCGCAUGUCGCUGCAGAUCAUGCGCAGCUUGCAUCAUACCGACAGGGCACCACAGCACACGCGGGGCUGGUUUGCUCGCUGCAGACGGAUGCGGUUGGGGGCAAGCGGGAGGGCAGUGGUCCUGGCCCGGUGCAUGAGUUGUUGUCUGGCGGCGGAAGCAGAUGAGGGUAUCAGCGUCCAGGCAGUGCAUAUGCACGGGACCGCUUGGGGGGUGUGGGCUCCACUGUCGCGUGUGCUACAGCGGUUUGGGAAC